AUGCACCCCCGCGCUGCACUGACUGCCAUGGUAUCGCAAUGGAACACAAUCGCCCGAGCGCCUCGCCCUCAUCACCCGCGAAGAGUGCACCGCGAUACCGGUGGCCGAAGAGCGUCUCAAAUCGACCCGCCUGCUCGACCAACCCUCCCCAGCGGCAACCAUCUCGGAACCCUCACAGACUGGGGUCUUGCUGCGCCGCUCUUUGAGGACUUCCAGUACUUUGACUACGACUACUUGAUGCGAGAUUCUGGCAGCCAAGGACCGCCCCAGAUCCCAUCUGAUCCUAUCCCUGGCAUGCUCAUCGACACCGUUGAAUCAUCAACUUCAGAAAGUGCGCGCCCGCCGAGCCAAGACGCUCCCGGCUACAACAGCAUCGACAUAGUCACCGGGUCCCCGCGACGCGACAGUCGAGCGCAGGAGGAAGCCUCCCAUUUCCAGAAUGACGAGCUUAUGCAGUUCUUCAUUCUGUCUGCCAGGCCACCGAUCUUGGAAGACGUCGAAGCAAGCAAGAAAUGGUUAGUCAUACGGCAUGCCAUUAUUAGCAUGGCUCGGACGUCAGUCAUGGUCAGAGACGCAAUAUGUGCCUUUUCAGCCUUGUUGAUCGCAAAAAAGUCCAACGGCAUCAGUUUCUACACUGACACGCACUACCAAAACGCCUUAGAAGCUGUUGCUGCCCUUGACGGCGUGGCCAUGGCAGACUAUAGCCAUGACCGGGCGCAUGUACUUGUCACCCUGUUCUUUCUGUGCUACAUUGACAUCUUGGGGGUCAAGAUGGAAGCAGCGCACCUGAAUCUAAAAAGAGCCUAUGUCGUGUUUCAGCGAGGUCAAAAGACGAGCUUUUCCGCCGUCGAAAGGCAGCUGCUACUCUGGAUCCGCCUUCUUGAUGGGCGCGCGGUUUCUGCCGGGGGCGAGGGCAUGUUUCUCGCCGACAACGAGGGAAUUCUAACACAGAGCUCACCAUCCUGCAACGAAUACGCCAUGGCCAGCCCCGAGGGCUCUUACGCAAACGACGACGAGAGCGUUGAAGAUGCCCUUUUCCAGGCCCUGUACCAGCCGGGACUCGAGUUUUUCCAAAAGGUGCAGGGCUUCAGCGGACAGAUAUCCAAGAUCGACCCCUGGCAUCGAUCCCGGGGCACCGUGGAAGACGAAAUCGAGGUGGUCAACAUUGGCGUGACGAUUGCGACCGGGCUUCGUACGCUGUACAGCCACCGGCCCGGGCUGAUGGACCUGGCAGUGGCCGGCAAGCUCACCGCGGCGCAUCUCUCGGAGAACCUGGCGUCGUCCAUCACCAGGACGUUUCGGACAUACCUGUCCAACUUUUACGCCUGCAGAGUGCAUCUGCACCGGGUGGCGUACAAGACGCUGCCGCUCACAGAGGAGGCGGAGGAUGCGCUGCGCCAGAUCCGGACAUUGGCGCACCAGAUCGUGGCCGACCUGGGUCACGGCGAUAACCUCCCCGUGACGAUGCUCUGGCCACUCCUCAUGCUAGGGGCGGAAGAGGCGGAUCUGGACGAAAGGGUAUGGAUUAGGGAGCAGCUCUCCCAGAUGGAGAAGGUGGCGGGCAACGCGCGCCUCGUGUCCAAGGUGCUUGAAGAGCUGCAGUCGAGACAAGACGCGGCAAAGGCAAGGGUUGACAUUCGCUCAGUUCAGCAGUCUGUUUUUAACGCCUCUUUCGCAAUUGUGUAG